AUGGGCGCUGUAUGGAGCACGCUUGUGGGCGAAGCGGAAGAUGGCGGCGAUGAAUCGUCAAGAUUUAGAGAAGAUGAGAUUGACGGAGGCGAUCUCGAAGAAUUGACCCACAGCGAGAAGUACCGGCUGAAGAGGAACAAGAAGGCCGAGCAGAGACAGAUGGAUGAGCGCGAUAAACAGCGAGACGAGGACGAGAUGGACAACAUCUACGUUCCGGGUCCGGGAGCCACCGGUUCGGGUCUCAUCUGCAAGCUCACGGUCAUCGAAACGGCGUGGGGCCGCGGCCUCGCCACCACCUGUCCCGCUAACGUGCGUACUUGUAUUACUCAUUAUUUAUUAUCAAUUACUUAUAUAAGACAUAAAUAG